AUGAAUAAUGAUAUUACAGCAUUAGACGGCAUCAAACACAGCUAUAUUGUUUGUAAAUACUCCUUUGGACCCGGGAACAAUGCAGCACUCGUGGAGCAGGUCCUAAAGUCUCGCCCAUGGUGGACUUCGACAGACGAUGAGAAUGACUUCAACUUGAGGUGGCAGCAGUUAACUCCAGCGCCUAUGCGAUUUGCUAGUAUGUGCUCCACUAUGCGGAGGACCGUUUUUAAUCAUCUGCCAGGCAAUGGCACUCUGCAUUCUAAGGUGUCGCUAUACCAAAUUCUUCUACGCAAACUUGGUAAGCCAGCACUAGACUUCUUACCUGUGACAUAUAUUCUUACUGUGCCCCACGAGAGAGACAAAUUUAGACGUCAUUUUGCAGCACUUGCUUCUGUCAUUGACCGGUAUAAGGCCUCCCAAUGCACAGAGAAUGUGGGAGCAGGAGAGCCAGCUAAGAAAGCCGACAAAGAUUUGGUCGUGGAAUCUGCCUGUGCAGAAGAGCAAGCAGUACGAUCUAAGUCAUCAAUCAACGUUGAGUUAUCUUCGACCCCUUACCAAACUAACAUGAGAAACCUUUGGAUUGUGAAACCAAUCGGUCUUAACAGGGGUAGAGGAAUAAAAGUUGUCACCAAUCCGGAAGAUGCCAUAGAGCACAUGAAGGGAUGCCAAGAGCGUGCAAGGGAAGAGCAGAAAACCAAAGCUAACAAGGCAGAGAAUCUCGAACAGCAGUCAGAUGAUGUUCCUACUCUUGACAAAAUUACCAAUAUCACCACGUCUAUGUCUUUCAUUGUUCAGAAGUAUGUAGAGGAGCCGUUCCUUAUUAACGGGCGGAAAUUUGACAUACGCACAUAUGCGUUAAUCACCUCGGAUGGGAAUGCAUAUAUCUAUGAAUAUGGCUACUUACGCCUUACUUCUGCCAAAUAUUCUCUGGACACAACUGAUACAACAGUACACUUAACGAACAACGCAGUGCAGAAAAACAUCCACGGUUACAAUCAGUUUGAGGAUGGUAAUAUGCUGCACUUCAGAGACCUCGACGUGCAGAUGAGUGUUUCCGAUGAUAGCCUUUCCAAAACACACUUCACAAGCUUCAUAUGGCCAGUCAUGAAGCGUAUUAUGGCCGCGGUUCUUGUUGCGUUUGGCAAAGCUGUGCUGGGUGCACAUGCAUGCGACGGAUGCUUCGAGUUGUUUGGCUUUGACUUCAUGAUAGAUUGCAAGAGUAAUGGAUAUCGCCCUAUUCUCAUAGAGAUUAAUAGCAACCCUUGCUUAGCCCUGUCAUCUGUUGUCUCAUGGGAGCUUCUUCCCAAGAUGCUGGAUGACCUCAUGGACCUGACGAUUGAUAAGCUCUUUCCGCCGCCCAGGGCGUACCGUGAUAAGCUGUGGAAAGCAUACUCGGAGGCAAGGUCCGGAAAACGACCUUCCACGGAUCUUUUGUUUACUGGCAGACCCGAUGCCAAGGUCCCUUCGACAGAGCUCCGGUGGAAUGGGUUGAAAGCGGAUCAGCCAGUUGUGACAAGACUGAACAUGUUCACUCAGGUGAUGCAGCGGUGGAAGCCAUGUGGAUUGGAGAUAGAAAAGAGCGCACAAGAAGACGAAGGAAGAACAUUGCUAAAGAUCUUGAAUGACCCGGCUAUCGCUGUAUAUCAACCAGCUUGCGGUUUCAUACACAGUUGCAUUGCACAGACUAAUGGGUCUAGCAGCAAGAGUAGCUCUUCUGGCAAUAGAAGAGCAAGUAAUACGAAUAAUAAAGGGGGCAAAUGUACAUCGAGUGAAAGAGAGGUGGGACGGAGUGAAACGAGCAUAAGAAGACGCCAUCCACCUAAGAUAAUGGCGCUUUCUGAUAGAAGCUUGUCCAACAUUCCAAAACGCAAGUCCGCUAUUCAUGAAACUAAGAACGUGCGAUCGCAAGAGUCUAGUGCGACUAGCAGUACGGGAAAAGCGACUCUAACAAGCGACACGGGCUCUGACAUAGCUACUGAGUACUAG